AUGACAUCAACGCCUGCUCCUCCUUCUUCUGGCGCCAUGACGUCCGAAGAACGUUGGAGUCAGAUUCGUCGUACCAUCGCGGAAGGUCGCAGUCGCAUGGCAGGAGGGACCCUGUAUACAUUAAUGGCAGGAGCUGGCGCCGUGGCCGUGUUGGGAGGCUUUGAAGGAUGGUUGUGCAUCAAACCCAGUAAGAAUCUCGGUGCUUCGGCGGUGCGACUGACGACCUUUCAACGACUCUGGUUUGUGGGCCGAUAUUCCUUGACGCAGAUUAUUCCCUCUGUCAUACAGGAAUCCCAACCAACCGGUGUGAUUGCACAAGUCCUGGGACUCCCACGAGAAAAUUUCUACAGUUCCCCCUGUUCGGCACCGCCCCAACGGCAUCUCAUGAUCAAUCGACUUCGGGCCAUUCGAGGCGCAUUGGCAGGAUCCGUCAUUUUAUCCCAAGUCUUGGCCAUUAUGGAUGUUUUGGGACAAACUCGGACGGCCUAUGUCAAUCGCAUUCGUCUCGGGCGAGAACCGCCUCUGGAAGAUUUCACCCGACAAGGGGUCGUCAUUCGACUCCAAGGACAAGCCAGUUUGCUCUGCAACUUGACCAUGGCCCGAGAAGGACGACGGCACUUUUUCCCCAUUGUCGAAAAUCCAAAACAUCCCGAUAUUGUAUCUCUGGUCAAUGAUCAUGCACUCGCUCUGAGCUCCGAGGAACAAUCGCACUUGACCAGUAAAAAACCACCACCCCGGGUUCCCGUCUUUUGGCAUUGUCGGGAUGGAGGAUAUUCUCACAAAUCCUCUUGGCGAGGCAUGUCGGUGCCCUUUAGUUGGUUGUUUACUACUACUACUACUACACAACCAACACCAUCAGACGACAACAACGACAAUACACAACCGCCACGACGACUCUUGAUAUUGGAAGCCGACGCGACACCCGGCGACAAUACCGCCAUGUCGUUACGGCAAGUGGGCGUCGACGACUUUGAUUUGGAUUUGUACGAAGUUGCACAAGGAUUUACACAAGUCCAGUCGCUGGUGAUCAACAACAAGAACACGGGUGAUGAUGCCUUUGACACUAUUCGGAUUCUCUUGGUCGACACCGAUGCCAAAUAUCAAUCGGGUGGAGGACGACAAAUGACCGUGCGAGAACAUGCCACCGAACUAGGAUUGGCCGAUGUCAUUGUCGAUGCACGGGAUCCACUCGUCUUUAGCAUGAAGGGGUGGUUGGAACAAUUUUACAAUCAGCAACAGCAACAACCGUCCACAUCAUCGUCCUGGACCCAAUUAUUAUUAGGGACUAGAAGUACUACCCAACAACGACGAGGACGAAAACCCGUCAUCUUGGAAACACCCCGACGGGAUUGGUUCCUCUCCAUUCAAGCUGAAUUGGUCGAACACGGCAAUUAUCAAGUCAUGGAUCGAGCCGAUGCGCUCAAAGAAUACGGAUCCCUCGAGGGCAUUCCCUUUUUGGUCUACGAACGCAACACGGCCGAUACACUCAACACGGUGCGACAAUUGAUUGCCAGUCAAAUGACGACACCCACCCAUCUCUGUGCCCUCUGUCCCCGACCCUUCUUUUUGGAAUCCAUCAUGGAAAGUCGCGUCGAGGGGGUCACAUACAUUAGCAGUUCCGAUAUUCACGAUCGACUCUUGCGAUGGGUACGACAGGAAGCGCUGCAAGGCAAAACGGCGGCAACCAUUCAACACGCGUUGGAUACGCGAUUGCCCGAAAUCUUACAUCAAGCCAUGACCGUUGCCAAGUAUGCAAAUGGGAUUUAUGCAACAUUAGAUGCCACAACAACAUUGACGGCGUCCACCGAAACGGCAGAGACAUGA